GUCUGGAGUCUCGUUUUAAGAACAAAUCAAGCUACAUGCGAUACAGUUGCGAAAGCAGAAUACGAAGCUACAUGAAAGAGGUUAGUAGUUUUAUUUCAAAUGUUCAUCCUACAGCAAGAGAUGCAUAUAGAAGGAUAAUUGACCUGAUGUCAGAUAAACUGAAAUCUGUGAAAUACAAUGGAUGCUACUUUGACAGAAGAGAGGAGGAGGCAGUCCGCCUGUGCACUACGGAGGGAUGGUUCUCCUGUCAGGGACCUUUUGACAGAGAUGACUGCCUAUGUAAGCAUUCUAUCAACCCCUACAGUAACAGGGAAAGCAGAAUCCUCUUCAGUACAUGGAAUCUCGAUCACAUAAUAGAGAAGAAACGUGCUGUUGUCCCAGAACUGGCAGAAGCUGUCAAAACACGAGAUGGAAGAGAAGUGAACUGGGAAUACUUCUAUCAGCUGCUGUUUACCGUGGAUAACUUAAAACUUGUACAUAUUGCUUGCCAUAAGAAAACCAAUCACAAUCUCAGCUGUGACAAAACUAAAAUUUACAGAAAAAGGAAGCAAAACCACAAGAUUUCAUAG